AUGGGUGCAAUGGAGGGAUUUCUGGCAUGUGCACCAACCUCCUACUGGGACUACAUCAUAUCGCCCCAUGUAGUCUCUCUUGUCGCUUUGCUCCCUCUCAGUGCCCUGCUACACAUCUGCGGAGGUGCGGCUUUGUGGGCGCUCUUUCUGCUUCCCUUAGGCUGUUUGCUAACGGCCAUCAUGUUUAUAUUACUACCGCUGCCUAUUAUAAAGCCCGUGGGCGGCCGCUACCACGUCGGCGUGGCACAUAUACGUAGUCGCCAGAGCCAGGCGAUGCCGCCACUGGCCGUUUUCUACCCAACCAAUGAAGCUCCACGGCGCAAGGGUAUUUCCUAUCUUCCUUUCAAUGAUGCUCGUUUCAUGAGUGGGAUUGCCUCCAAUUCGAAGAUUCCACUUUAUUUUUUGAGGGACUUCAUAUUUGUGCGACUGCAAUCCACGGAGAAUGCGAGACCGAUUCCUCUCAUUACCAGCACUCAGCUACCGCUUCCCGUAAUCGUCUUCAGCCACGGUCUCUACGGGUACCAUCGUUUGUACAGUUGCCUACUGGCGGAUCUUGCCGCCCGUGGGGCCGUCGUGGUGAGUGUUGGGCACUGCGACGGAAGUGCCUCUUUUAUGAGUGACGGUGAUGCGGGAGGGCCGGAGUUUCCCCUCAAGCAAUUGGACUGGGAAUCCCCCGCCUGUGAGGAGGCGCUUGCCCAACGCGUGCUUGAAGUACGACGCACAGUGAGGCGUCUGUCCGAAGAGGAGUUUUGGAAAGGGCUGGGCUUCGCCGCAGCUGACGUUGAUACGUACCUCCGCCAACCGCCGCGGGUUCACUUGUCUGGUCACUCGUUUGGCGGGGCAACGGCGCUUGUCGCCGCCCUGCAAGAGGAACAGGAGUCUGCGCCCAGAGCAAGUGCCGUUCAGAGUGUCAUUGUGUUUGACCCCUGGCAUUUCCCGCUGCAGCGAGACAUGUUUUUUCGCCCGAUUGAAUGCGGUCGUAAGUCGUACACAACUCCGACGCUAAUGAUACAGUCCGAGGAAUGGGUCCAUUACACGCCCAGCUGGGACUUCUUUCAGCAGCUUGCAAAGCUUCUUUUGUCGCAACCGUCGAUUGUCUCUCUCAGUGAGAGGGAGCAGCGGAGUAGGUUUGUGACGGAGAAAACGGGCAGCACAAAUCACUACUCCGUGAGUGAUGUCGUUCUCUUAAGCCCCAUUAUUCACGGCUGCACGAAGGCCGUGGUUCCUCCCCAAGUACAGAUUUUGGAGUGGUCCAACACGCUUCUUCGCUUUGCCAAGCAGCACACAGUGUUCGCCAAAGGGCCAUCGGGUUCAUUGCAGUAG